AUGGGCGCCUAUCUCUAUGGGCGCCUAUCUCUAGGGGCGCCUAUCUCUAUGGGCGCCUAUCUCUAUGGGCGCCUAUCUCUAGGGGCGCCUAUCUCUAGGGGCGCCUAUCUCUGUGGGCACCUAUCUCUAGGGGCGCCUAUCUCUGUGGGCGCCUAUCUCUGGGCGCCUAUCUCUAUGGGCGCCUAUCUCUAUGGGCGCCUAUCUCUAUGGGCGCCUAUCUCUAUGGGCGCCUAUCUCUAUGGGCGCCUAUCUCUAUGGGCGCCUAUCUCUAUGGGCGCCUAUCUCUAUGGGCGCAUAUCUCUAGGGGCGCCUAUCUCUAUGGGCGCCUAUCUCUAUGGGCGCCUAUCUCUAUGGGCGCCUAUCUCUAGGUGCGCCUAUCUCUAUGGGCGCCUAUCUCUAUGGGCGCCUAUCUCUAUGGGCGCCUAUCUCUAG